GAGGUCCUCUCGCGCUUUAUAACUCAGUGGAGGAAACCACGUCGCCACGCCAUUUAUAAAUGGAUUUCUCUCUCUCUUUCCCCGUUUUGCUCUAUAAACUCCCUUUUUCUUCUACCCUCUGCCCCUUUUCGAGAGAAUGGGAUCCUCAUCUGCCCACACCGCCGCCUACGAUCUCUCGUUUAAGGUGCUCUUGAUCGGCGAUUCCGGCGUCGGAAAAAGCAGUCUUCUACUCACCUUCGUUUCUAGCUCUCUCCUGGAUCUCGCCCCCACCAUUGGUGUGGAUUUCAAGAUCAAGCAACUCACAGUUGGUGGGAAGAGAUUGAAGCUGACAAUUUGGGAUACUGCUGGACAGGAGAGGUUCAGAACAUUAACUAGUUCAUACUACAGAGGUGCCCAAGGAAUCAUUCUCGUUUAUGAUGUGACCCGGAGAGAAAGCUUUAUAAACUUAUCAGAUAUCUGGGCAAACGAAGUCGAACUGUAUUUGACAGAUCAGGACUGCGUCAAGAUGCUGGUUGGAAAUAAAGUUGAUAGAGAAUCUGAAAGGGCUGUAAGUAGAGAAGAUGGGAUUGCUCUUGCCAACAAGCUUGGAUCUUUGUUUCUUGAAUGCAGUGCUAAAACCAGAGAGAAUGUAGAGAAAUGCUUUGAAGAACUUGCAAUAAAGAUCAUGGAGGUUCCCAGUUUUUUGGAGGAAAGAUCCACUGUGAUAAAGAGGAACAUUUUAAGGCAGAAGCAGGAAGGCCAAGCUCAACAAAGUGGUGGUUGUUGCUCUUAGGAAGCAAGCUUUUUUUCAAUGGAGAAUCAUCAGUCACAUGUAAUAACCAGAUCAUUGUAUAUGUAAAAUUCCUUUAUGAUCUCUCUCUUACACUGCUGUUUGCCCCAUUCAGUUGUAAGUUAAUAUUUCUACCAACUAUCUGAAUGGAAUUACAUUAAUUUGCUAGUGUGAAGUUAA